AUGAGCAAAUCCGUCCUAUCCAUCCAAUCACAUGUAGCCCAUGGUUAUGUAGGUGGUAAAGCAGCCAUAUUCCCACUUCAAACACAGGGCUGGGACGUCGACAAUAUCAACACUGUUGAAUUUCUGAACCACACGGGCUAUGGGUCAUUCAAGGGAUCGGCUAUCGACGCCAAAAAUGAGUUGCAGCCUAUUCUUGAUCAACUUUUGCAUAAAUUAGAGUUAUCGUAUGAGGCCAUAAUUACGGGAUAUAUUCCAAACUCGGAGUUAAUAGCUCUCAUAAGUGACUAUGUCCGCCAGUUCAAGCAAAAGAACAAGAGUACAUUGUAUCUUUUGGAUCCGGUCAUGGGCGAUAACAACUACUUGUACGUCGACGAAUCAUGCGUAGAGCAGUACAAAAAGAUACUUCAACUUGAUAUAGUAGACAUCAUCACACCCAACCAGUUUGAGCUCGAGUUGAUUGUAGGCUACAAGAUCACCAACGGUGCAACGUUGCAGAAAGCUAUACACACGUUGCAUUCACAGUACAACAUCAAGUACGUAGUAAUUACGUCUCUUGGAGCAGAGGCAGUAUCGCACCAAGAUAGUUCCACUGAGCUGGAGAAAAUCUACUGUGCCAUUUCCGUACAGUCGCUGCCACAAAUCCAGCUCUUCCGUAUUCCCGUCAUCAAGUCGUACUUCACCGGUGUCGGCGACUUAUUCUCUGCAUUGCUCUUGGACAAAUUGUACACUAACUUGCAGCUCAGCGAAGACAACUCCCAUGCAUUGUCCCGUUCAGUCAGCCAGGUGUUGACGAUCAUGUCCAAGACGUUGAAACUCACUCAUUCUUUAGCUCUUCAGGAGUAUAACAAGUUUGCGGGCAAGCUGCUGAGCUCGCUUGUAGGCAAGAUAAACGAUGGAGACACCAUGAAGUUCUUUGAGUUGCGCAUCAUUCAGGCCCGUAAGUUCUAUGACUAUAUGGACGAUGGAGAGUUCCAACCCACAUUGUUGGACCUGGAGCAUAUAUAG